UAGUUCGAUUCGGAUUCGGAUUCGGAUUCGGGUUCGGGUUCGGGUUCGGGUUCGGAUUCAAGAGGUGCUCUGAUAGAACCGGUUUGUUCGGUCUCUCUAUGAAUGGGUCGUCUUUCUUCCCCGAUUUCAUCUGUCUCAAUCGUCGCACACCCCCUUCAUCUUCUCUCCUUCAGAGGAAACCCUAGCUUCCAUCUGGGAAGAUGCCGGCGACCGCGGGGCGCGUCCGGAUGCCGGCGAACAACCGGGUGCACAGCAGCGCCGCUCUGCAGACCCACGGCAUAUGGCAGAGUGCCAUCGGGUACGACCCUUACGCCCCCGCCAACAAGGACUCGGCCAAGGAAUCCGCACUCCCCGGCGAGGAUGGCUCCGCCGCCGAGAACGCUUAUGCCAGCUUCCAGGGACUCCUCGCCCUCGCCCGCGUCACCGGCUCCGGAUCCAACGAGGCCCGGGGCUCCUGCAGGAAGUGCGGCCGCGUCGGCCACCUCACCUUCCAGUGCCGCAACUUUCUCAGCGCCAAGGAUUCCGCUGUUUUCGACAAGGACAAGGACGCCGACGCCAUUCAGGCCGCUGCCCACACCGCCUUCGAGCAGAUCAAGAAGUCCAGCGGACUCGAGCCCGAAAGCAGCGAGGAAGAGGAAGAGGAGAGCGAUAGCUCGGACUCCGACAUUGAUCCAGAUAUUGAGAAGAUCAUCGCUGCACGAUUCAGUAAGAAGUCGAGGAAGAGGAUGGAGGACAAUUCUGAAGAGAAGAAGGGGAGUCAGUGGUGGCAACGGAGAUCCAAGAAGAGGAGUGACAAUAAGAACUCAGGUGGGGGCAACGACCCCGAUAGCGAAGAAGAGGACGAGAAGAGGGAGAAGAGGAGGAGGCAUAGGCGUUCUGAUGAUGACGGGGAGGAGAAACCACGGCAUAAGCAUAGUAGGAAGAGUAGGAAGGAUAAGAAGACGAGGAGGCAUAGGAAAGAUGAUUCUGAUGAUGAGUCAGAAGGGAAGUCUGAUAGGCAUCACCGCCACCACCAUAAACGGAAGAAUUCGCAGAGGAAUGACUCUGAGAGCGACUCUGAUGAGCAUGAACAAACUAGGAAGAAGAGGGCAUAUUCCGAGAAUGGUUCAGAGAGCAAUGGAUCAGAUGACUUGCACUUGAGAAAGGGGAAGAAAUCUUCCAAGCAUAGAUGCAGGAACCACCAGCGCAAGAAGAGAAAUUGACAAAGUGUCUGGACUCACCUAAUCUUUCAAAGGUUGCGACAUCGAGCAAAGGAAAACAGUGCAACUCUGUUGAUAUUGAUAACAAUGACGAAUCACUUGAUGAGGAUAAAAGGAGGACAACUUAUUCGAUUGUCUCUAAGGGUGACUGGUGUAUAGGAUUUGCUGCAAAUAUGCUAUGUAUUAGGUAAAUGCAAAAACCUCUAUGUUCUUAAUAGUGUCUUAAACAGGGAUUUUAAACAUGGUUUUACAAUA